AUGGCGGAGCUCACUACAACGAAGCUCAACGCCGAGUCGCACCUGCUGCUUGACCAACCCCUCCUCCGCAUGCCCCACGAAUUAUCGCGGAGGAACCAGAAGAAUGCCCAGCGCUAUGUCGAGAACAGCACCAGAGACGUCCUUUCGUCCCUAACCGCCGCCACAAGAACAGCUUCCCAAACCGCCACGCCCGACGCCACCCUCACCUCGCUCGACAGCAUCAUCUCCAAGAUGCAGGGCCUGAAGAGAAAGCUGGAAACUCUGCACGACGAGGAGAUGCGCAUACACAGGUCGAAUCGCGCGCGGUUGCAGCACCUGCAGGAUCUAUAUGAAGUACAAAGCCUGGUGGACCUCAAGUACGAUGAAUGGAGCAGGACACGGUUGUCGCGGCUGCUAGUCGAUUACCUGUUGCGGGAAGGAUACUCGGAGAGCGCGGCGCAUCUGGCGGCAAGCCAGGGCAUCGAGGAGCUGGUCGAUGUGGAUGCUUUCGUCGCCUGCCAUAAGAUCGAAAAGAGCCUGAGGGAAGAGAGGAAUACAAGUCUAGCGCUGAAUUGGUGCAAGGAGAACAGCAAGGAGUUGAAGAAGCAAGGAAGCAUGCUGGAGUUUGAGCUCAGGCUGCAGCAAUACAUUGAGCUGGUACGACAAGGUCACCACGCGGGCAUCGGGGACACAGACACGGAUAUGGAUGGCCUGAACGGUAUCAGCCUUGAUGGGGAUACUAACGGUGCCGGAGAGGAGAAACUGGUCGAAGCACGGGCACACGCAAAGAAGUAUCUGAGUGCGAGUGGGGACUUUGCGCUGCUGCGGAAAGCCGCAGGCUUGUUGGCCUAUCGACCUUGGGACGACGUCAAGCCUUACAGUUAUAGGAGCUAUAUUCCGACUCUCGCUGGACCCACCUUGCACACCUCUUCCUGA